AUGCCUCGGGCACCGGGGUUCCAGAAGUUGGCCAUUUCGAUGCGGAACACGGUACGUACCUUGCGGCGAUGCACUUGCAUCUCGUACCGGCACCAACACCUUCCAGCAGACCAGCACACCAAUCCCAACCUCAACCAGCAACAGCCAGGAGGAGACGCCGCUCGUGUGCAUCUCUCGAGUCUCGACGCACAGGCAGGCAGAGAGUACGCCAAAGGAGGCCCAGCCAAGCCGACGCGGCUGGACAGCCCUCUAGCCCUCUCCUCGUCCUUGGUAGAUCAGAGAUGGCAGACUCAGACUCGCAGAAGGGCGGAUACGUCGGUACCGCCUACACGAUGCCGUGACGGAGCCUGGAAAUACGACAUGGACCAGUCAGUCAGACUGCAAGAGUCCAGAGUGGCGGACGAGUUGCCAGACCGAAAGUCCAAGACCAGUCAGUCCCCGUCGCAAGUUGCAGUCCCAUUCCCAAUCCAUUUUGGUCCCUACUUUACCAUGACGACCGACGCCCUCUGUCGUAACCGUGACCCCACGACCACGACGGGUGCUUUGCUCCCACCUCGGUCGACUUGCAAUUUCAAUGCCAUCCAUGAUCCAGCCGUGCCAGCCCAGCCCGGUCGGUGGUGGUCCGUCGGCGUCCCAGUGCCCCAGUUCGCCUCCCACGUCUCUACCAGACUCUUUCGCAAGCCCAGGUUCCAAGCCGGAUCCUACCUAGCGCGAUGGUCCCACUUCUGCUCAGGUGCGGCCAAAACCAGAAUGUGUAGGAGUGGCAGCGACGAAGCAGCAGGUCCCCGGGCCUGA